AUGGACGCCGAUUGGGAUGAGGUCACCCGGAUACCCUUUCCGCCUCCGGGCGUGCACGCGAUGCCGACGCCAGUUACUACUAUGACCUUCGACACAUCGUAUGAACUUCUUUGGACCGGAAACGACUAUGGUCGAGUUACAUCCUUCUACGGCACCAACCUUGAGCGAUACACCUCACUCAAGGCGCAUACUUCUGCCGAGGGUCCAGUUCGUCAAAUACUCGUCAACGACAAAGGCGUAGUAGCUUUAGGACCUCAGGAUCUCCAUAUGGCUAUACGAAGGGGACCACCAAUAUGGCAUAUCAAGCAUGAUGAGAUGAAAGAUUUAAGAUGUAUGUCUUUUACAUCAAAGGGAACGGCAGAGAUCAUUGCUGCUGGCUGGCAAGAUACAAUGCUUGUCGUUGACCUCAAUAAGGGUGAAGUCACAAAACAAGUGAGCAGCAUGCGUAUGACUGUUGGAAUCUUUCCUAACGAGUACCAGGUACCUACUGAACACCAAUACACCAUCAUGAAACGGGGACGUUACAUAUGCGCAGCGACGAGGAACGGCUCUGUCAACCUUCUAGACCCAAUCAGCUUUGCGGUCGUCAAGUCAUGGAAUGCACACUCCGCCGUUAUUAAUGAUAUAGAUGCCCAGCACGACUUCAUUGUUACCUGUGGUUUCUCCCUUAGACCGGGUCAAGGUUACAUGCUGGACCCCUUCCUGAACGUGUUCGACCUUAAGAAGAUGUCAUCCAUGCCUCCUAUUCCCUUCCCAGCAGGCGCCGCGUUUGUGCGAAUGCAUCCCAGGAUGCUCACUACUAGUAUAGUGAUAUCGCAGAGUGGUCAAAUUCACAUUGUGGAUCUUAUGAAUAUUAACACUAGCAAUGUGCGACAAGCCAAGACUCUUGCCGUGAGCAUGUUUGAGAUUGCACCUUCGGGCGAAGCCAUGGCUUUGACGGAUUCUGAUAGCUUCAUUCACUUAUGGGGAUCACCAUCAAAGCUUCAUUUCGUAGAUUUACCGACUCCUAUUGAGCUUGCAACUCCACAAGAGCACUUGCCAAACAUCGAAUGGACACCAGAAACACCUUUGAACACAAUUGGCAUGCCUCAUUAUCGAGAGACACUGGCAUCUGCCUGGCCGGACAUACCUUGCGAUGUUGGGGCGCCCCCUGUCAAGUUUGACGGUCAAUUUCUCUCAGGACUCAAAGCUACCGAGUUCGGGCUGUAUGGACGCAAUUCUCGGGGAUUGCGGAGAAACCAGGCUGAGAAUACGCGAAACGUUCAUAAAUCGGGCGGUUCUGGGCUCAAGGCUCCCAAGUUUCUCAGCGAAAAGGCUCGCGAACUUGCUACUAGCAACGCCGCGGAUUCCGAUGAUAAAGUCGAUGAGCUGCUUGGUACUCUCACUGAUAUGGGGAUCGAAAGUAAGAAGUCCGAAGUGCCGGUCAUGUAUCGCAAUGUCGAGAUCAAGUACAGCAAGUUCGGAGUGGAUGAUUUUGACUUCGGAUUCUACAACAAAACCCGUUACUCAGGACUUGAGACACACAUCUCAAAUUCCUACGCCAACUCCUUGUUGCAGAUUAUGCACUUUACCCCUGUCAUUCGGAAUCUUGCUCUUCGACACGCUGCUACAUCAUGUAAGGCUGAAGGCUCAAUUUGUCAAGCAACAAACCUGCUGAAGACUCUCAGCAGCCACCCCCAAGCGGGACCGCUCGGCCUACUCGAAGAAGACCCCCAUGGCUCAUCUCUUAAUGUAAUGCUCCAAGGGCUUACUCGAUUUCUUUUGGAUAAGAUCGUGCAUGACUAUAAGGCGAUUAACACGACAGAGAUGGAUCAGUCUGCCAUGGACCAGGUAAUGGCAACGUCGGCGACGACCUCGAUUCGGUGCAUUAACUGUAGGAGCGAGUACACGCGCCCCGGCUCGACUUACGUUAACGACUUACUUUACCCUUCUGCUAAGGUUGGGGGUCGAAAUGCCAAGAUGCCACGCACCACAUUCUCCCAGGUUCUUAAGAACAGCGUUGAAAGAGAGACAACAUCAAAGGGAUGGUGUAGCCGAUGCCAACGAUACCAGACAAUAGCAACAAGAAAGAGUAUCCAUAGCAUACCUUCAGUACUCAUGCUAAACACUGCCAUCACCAACCAAGAACAACGGGCGCUUUGGUCAACACCAGGAUGGCUCCCCGAGGAGAUUGGAAUUAUCGUGGAGAGAGAACAAUUCUUCUGCUAUGAGGGUGAAGAUUUGAAGCUCCAUCUCCAACGAGGCAUGCAUAACAUAAAAGUUUAUUCACUCACUGGAAUGGCUAUCAAUAUCGAGAGUGGGCAGACGCAGAAGUCUCAUCUCGUAUCCAUGAUCAAUGUGGCACAUGCGGAACCCGAACCACCAGCAGAGAGCCGAUGGCAUUUGUUCAACGACUUUCUGGUGAGAUCAGUUAGCACGGAAGAGGCACUUACCUUCAACACAUCUUGGAAGGUACCUUCUGUGGUUGCGUAUCAGGUAAAGGAUGAGAAUAACAAGAUCGAUACGGAAUGGAAGAAAAAUAUCGACACCUCUAUCCUCUACAAGGACUUCAGCCCAAACACAGAUCCCGCAACAAAGACAUACCAGGUACUCAACCCUGAAACUGAAGCCCCUGGCCCAGAUACAAUCAUCGCGCUCGACACUGAGUUCGUUGCUAUACGACAACCAGAGAUCGAAAUGAACUCAGAUGGUGAAAGGGAGACAAUCCGGCCUAUAGCGUACGCACUUGCUCGAGCAUCAGUCGUUCGUGGCCAAGGUGAAGACGAAGGGACGCCAUUCAUCGAUGAUUACAUCAAUAUCAGAGAACCGAUUGUCGAUUACUUGACAUCCUACUCGGGCAUCACUGAGCAAGAUCUAGACCCCCGAGUUUCGAAGCACAGUCUGCUGCCACUAAAAAUGGCAUACAAGAAGAUGUGGAUUCUUCUCAACCUCGGAUGUAAAUUCUUGGGCCAUGGACUGAAACAGGACUUCCGAGUUAUCAACAUACAUAUCCCCAAGUCGCAGGUCAUUGACACAAUUGACCUGUUCUUCCUCAAAUCUCGACUGCGAAAGCUAUCAUUGGCCUUUUUGGCAUGGCAUCUCCUCAAAGAAGAUAUCCAAAUGGAGACGCACGACUCCAUUGAAGAUUCCCGGACAGCCCUCAAGUUGUAUAAGAAGUAUCUCGAGUUUCAAGAUGCCGGAAUCCUGGAGACGAUGUUGCAAGAUAUUUAUCGUGCAGGUAGGGACGUCAACUUCAAACCGCCUCGCAAGGGUGACCAGCAGGUUCCAAGAGCGGAUACGCCACCUCCUUUGGUACCUGCUGAUGGCUCAGCCGGGCCGGUAACACCGGUUAGAAACAUCAACUAUUUGGCACAGACGCCUGGAUCUGCAUUUGGAGGUGGAUCUAGUUGGACGCCAGGAAAGGGAUCCCCGUUACCAUAG